AUGGUACCACAAACGAGAUCUGGUAUGUCGAGUUUAUUCAUUCUGAAUAGGUUAUUGAAUAACAUUUCCAGUCCAGGUGUUGUGUUAGUCAUGGCUUUUGAUGAUGAUACGGUUGAUGAAGAAAACUUGAAGAAUGUUGAAAAAUCGGGUACCGAUGAACUCGACUGGUCGCUAAAUCUUAACAAUUUCGAACUGAAUCUAUUUCGUGAGAUUAUCAGCAUCGGUGAUAUCGCCACAGUACUACAACUGCAACACCAUCAAUCAAAAUCGCAAGAAAACUCAACAAAUUUUCCGGCAACGGGUACGACUGCAACUCCUCCUGUAGACGUGGCAAUGAACAUUGAAUUCACAGCAAGGCAAUGCAAUGAGAUGGUGGUUUCCGGCUAA